UUAGCAAACUCAGUCGAGUUAGUUCCUCAUUUGUGUGUGUUAUCAAAGUGACUCACUUUCACAUGAUGAACGUGAGCCGACCGGCGGUUCGUCCGGUAAUUGCUGUCCCCAUGGGUCCUACUGGCGGAGCCAACGAUAGACCGCCAGUGAGGAUGAAAGAUAUUCAGGGAAUGCCAGGAACCACCGGCGGCCUCAUCCUCCGCCUCUCUCAGUUCGUCUCCUCUCUCAUCUCCCUCUCCGUCAUGUUCUCCACCCCCGACUUCCACUCCUUCACCGCAUUCUGUGGUUUGGUUUUUGCGGUUAGCUUGCAAAGCCUGUGGAGCUUGUCUCUUCUUAUCAUCGAUGCUUAUGCUCUUCUGGUGGGAAGAAGCCUUCGGAAUCACUUGGUUGUUCGAUGUUUCACAGUUGGAGAUGGAAUCACAUGCCUACUUACGUUUGCAGCUGCAUCUGCGUCUGCUGGCAUAACCGUACUCAUCAACGAUCUUGAUAAAUGUGAUGGCAGCCACUGCACAAGGUUCCAGACCGCCACAGCAAUGGCAUUCAUCAGCUGGCUUGCUGUGUUUCCUUCCUUCUUUCUCAACUUCUGGUCCUUAGCCACCCACUAAUUAAAUAACACACACAAGAUAACAGAAAGUUCCAAAAAGUAAAUGUUUCCUAGUAUAUUGUCAAAACUAUAUGCUUCUGUAGUUGAUCUUACCGGUUAAACGUAGUCAUGUCGCUUUCACUAUUUUAGUAUAAUAAGCCAUGCGUUUCAAAAAAAUCUAUAUUUUAGAGAAAAAAACACAUUUUUACGGUUUCAAUGCAUAAAUUAAUCGUAAAC